GUGCAUGCUGUUGCAGCGAUUGGUAAACGCCCUGGGUUAUCCUGCUACGAAUUUAUUUCCACCUUUUACAAAUUGGAAGCAUUGGUGUGCACAUAUGCUGGAAUUGUUCAUCCUAUUGGUGAUGUGUCUGGAUGGGUGAUUCCUCAAGAGAUUCUAUCAAGGAAAUGUGACCCUCCAUCUUGCAACAAGCGCCCUCCUAGAAGACCUAAGAAGAAAAGGUAUCCUUCUGUAGGGGAGUUCCGUUAUGGCAAACGUAGAGUGAAGCAAAGAUGUUCGAGGUGCAAGUCUCAUGGCCACAACAUGAAAUCAUGCACCAAUCCAAUUCCAAUGGCAGAUGCAGCUCUUACUUAAGAAUUGCUUAGUAUCAUUUACUUUGUCUCUUUCCAACUAUAUGUAUUUCAAUUUGAGAUGUUCUUAUUACGAAUAUGGAUGAUUUAAUGCUUUAUGUUCUUUUUGUUGAACAAUAUGGUCCUUGAACUCCACGCUUUAUAUUUAAUAGCCAAAUACUUGUUAUAUUUUUACACAAUUUCAAGAUUUACACUUUAUACGUCCAUACAUGACUCCAUAAAAUGGAAUUUAUUUCCCUGUAAUAAACUUAAACAAUACAU